UAUUUCUUCUUUGUAAGAUGAUACCAAUUUCCAAGUAUCUGAAGCGAUCUUCUUUGAUGACAUCUUUUCAGACAAGGAACCUUUGCCUGUCCGUAGCUAGUUGCCGAAAUUGUGGAUCGUCGUUUCGCCAGGUACUGAAAGCUUCAUGCCCUCUGUGGCAGACCACCAACGAAUCUUCAACGGGAUCUUGAUAAGAUAGAGGUAAAAAUAGCAUCCAGGUGUUGAGCCUCGCAAGGGUUGAGAUAAGCUCAGUGGGAUUGGGUCUUGGCAAAACCUGAUAAACUUCUGCGGCGCUGACCGGACAGGACUAAGCUUCACGACUCAACUACAUCAUCACCGACAUGGCAGCCACUGGUCUAUUAUUCUUACCACUCGGCCUCCUCUACGCCGUGGACGCAUAUCGGUACCACUAAAUAGACAGCUAUGGUGGGAUGAGAUGGCCGGGGAAAAGAUCGCAGUAUCCUCGUCCGACUCGGUACACUUGAUCUUCCCAUCUGGGAUGACCAUCAACAUUCCUCAGACCACAUAAACACCUCACUAAUUUCCAAGCACCGCAUCCUGCAGCACAUUACAACGUUCUCCAUAGGCAGUUGGAGUUCGAUAUCUUGGGUGCCAGAAUUGACGGGCACAACACCCUACUUCGAGAUGACAACCAAGGCUUGGUCACCAUACAACUCCACGAACUUGGACCUUACUUCAGCAGCCGUACAAAAAAUCUCACACCUCUACCGCAGCUGGCAAUAAUCGAUAUUCUUCUGCGACACCGAUAUCCUGAUCACCUCGCCUUCCCAGCGCCAGAAGACCGAAAGAAGUGCACAUUGUGGUCAUGGAGGUGUUCUGAAAAUGACGAAUAUCCUUGGUACCAGGUCGUGUAUCGGGAGGAAUUCGAUCAAUACAGAGACUGGCUCGCUCAGGCACGCUUGACUCCAAUUGUGCGAACGACUUGAAUUCUGCUAGGCUACAAUGAUGAUUGCUGCGGGCUUUACAGUCGUAUUGUCACCACUCCUCUAUGGAGUGUAUCGCACUUGGGUUCUGGCCCAUCAGCGACCAAGGACGGGACAUAGUAUAAGGAAACAGCACGAGCAAAGAAUAUCCGAUGAAGAGACAAAGGGACUAUCACAAAUUGAAGACGGUGAGGACUCGCAAAAAGGGAAAGGGGCCUGAGCCAGGCCCCGGUACUGGAGACCUUGUCAAUGGCAGGGCUUCAUCGUCUCAGAGUCCAACUGAUCUUGGGAAGCCUCAUCCAUUGAUUCCAGCUGCGGCCUCUAGCAUGCCACUGGUUUCGUGAGGGUUGUGAUACUCAGUCUGAACGUUGCAAUACCGCUUUUUGACGCCGAACUUACUUGCCCAUACACAGGUUGCCAUCUUGAAAGCCCAGCUGCAAUCUGAACAUCCAUAAUGAUCUGUCAAUGAUUACAGCAAGGAUCCAGCAACAUCAGCGAUAGCCUAGACUUGGCUUCAAUAUUCAGCGGUAGUUUUCGCACCAGAUUCUUUGAAGUCCUUGUGCCCGAGUUCUAGUGCGGGGCAAGUCGCCCGAACGAUCGACCCCCACUCCCGAGUGCGGUCGUGACGGAAUCUCAGUUAUCUUCUGUAUACCAAAUUCAGAUACCCAUUUAUACAUGACCUCGACAUUCAUCUGUCUUCGUUUUGAUUUUCAGUGCGACUGAUACAGGUUUUUUUCGUAUAUCUGAUUUGAUGCGAUGGCUGUCUCAACCAAGGUUGCCGAGACACAGUCGCACCCUCUUCUUAAUAGCAUACCCCUAUCUCUGAUUCCCCAUUUUGAGCCAACGUACAUCGAAUACUACAACAAGUACUCAGUUGGCCGCCUAGCAACCCAUCAAGUUCCCAUAGAAAGCUUCCGUGCAGACCCAGAUGCAUAUCUGAUCACCUACGGUCGAGCUCUCGUCGAUCAAGGUGCUCUGAAAAUCACAGACCAGAAAUGCCCGGUCUCAGGAGGCGAGAUCGACAUCAGGAUUUUCGAGCCUGAUAUUGAGAAGUUUGGAACAGGACUGAAACCUGUCUAUGUUAAUUUUCACGGUGGUGGUUGGGUAUUCGGAGGUCUGCAGACAGACUUCGACUUCUGCAAGAGAGUUGCUCAUGAAGUUGGCGCUGUUGUCUUCGAUGUUGACUAUCGGCUAUCGCCUGAGUUCGAAUAUCCUAUCCCGGUGAACGACUGUUGGGAAGCUUUAAACUGGGUCCGUCAUUCUGUUUUCCGCUUGAAUGAGAAUAGUCUGACGAGGCAAAAUACAGAUCAGAGACAACAGGCCUCCGAAUUCAACCUUGACCUCUCACGCUUAGCUAUUGGCGGCGUGUCAGCUGGCGGUCAUCUCAGCGCAGUUGUAGCACACAUGUGCCGCGACGCUUCAAUCCCUCUUGCCUUCCAGCUCCUUUCCGUUCCAGUUUGCGACCUACAUGUGUUCGCACCAGACGGUACUCUCCUCCCUUCUCAACCGUACGCCUCGUACCGAGACCUCGCAAACACCCAACCACUGCCUCUAGAACGCAUGACAUAUUUCCAUCGCCAUUUCCUUGGGAAUCCUCGAUCAAAAGAACUUGAUGAUGAUUGGAGGGUCAGCCCGAUUCGCGCGAAGAGUUUUAAAGGGUUGGCGAAAGCGCUCGUUGUUACGGCUGAGAUGGAUAUCUUGAAAGAUGAGGGUUUGGCUUAUGUGUGGAAGUUGAGGGAUGCGGGGGUGGAGGUUGAGCAUGUUCAGAUUAAAGGUGCGCCUCAUAUUGUUAUGCAGAUGGAUGGGAUAUUGGAGGGCGGGAAAGAGUAUAAUCGUGUCACCAUUAAGGCGUUGAAAGAGGCUCUGGGAAGGUAG